CAACGCUCAGUUUCCUGUAGCUGGAGUCAAAGACGGAAUUCGAACUAUAUGGUCGAUGAGCAAAUUAAACUAGCCUUUAAUUCGCCCACAACGGAUACCUGAAUCAUGAAGGGUUUCGUGAAAUUAUUGAUGGUCUGCGCCAUUCUACCGAUAUGUCUGGCUGAACAAAGUGACCUACAGGUAGAUCGGCACUCGCUGUUCUACGUGUACACAGCCCUGUCAAAGGCUGUCUCUGCACCAGGUGUUUUUGAAUUUACUGCCAUGGGCCUACUGGACGACAGGAAGAUUGAUUACUAUAACAGUGAGAAAAAAGUUAAGAUUCCUGAACAAAAAUGGAUGAAAGAAAGGCUUCCAGCGGACUACUGGGAAAAGGGCACCCAGUCACGUAAAAGCAAAGAGCAAUGGUUCAAAGUCAAUGUGAACAUUCUGAUGGAACGCAUGAGACAGAAUAACUCUGAUGUGCAUGUCCUCAUGUGGAGACAUGGGUGUGUGGCUGACAAAAUGGCAGACGGUUCUUUCAAGUUUGUUCGUGGUGUUGAUGCAUACAGCUACGAUUCCGAUGAUUUCCUUUCCUUUGAUGAUGCAUCAAUGCAGUGGGUUGCCCCAGUUGAUGAAGCUAUACCCACAAAAAAAAAGUGGGAUGGGGUUCCCAUCCUCAAUCAGUACACCAAGGGCUACCUGGAGAAGGAGUGUGUGGACUGGUUGAAAACUUUCAGUGAAUAUGGGGAGACUGACAUCAAAGACAAGGCAAAUGACUCUCCACCAGAUGUCCAUCUUUUUGCUAAAGAAUACAAAUCUCCAGAUACACUCAAUUUGAAUUGCAUGGCCACACGUUUCUAUCCCAAAGACAUUCGUGUCACCAUUCUGAAAGCAAAAAAAAGUGUCAAGGAAGGUAACAUGAAUGAUGUCAUGCCCAAUGGCGAUGGAACCUAUCAGGUCAAAAUAAUGAUUCAGGCCCAAAGGUCAGAGAUGAAUGAUUACGAAUGUGUGGUGGAGCACAGAACCCUGCCGAACAAACAAAUUGUGAAAGUUUGGACUAAGGAUGGAGUACUUUGUCCUGACAACUCUGACAAUAACGGCUCAUUCAUGAGUGGAGCAGCAGUGGGAGUGCUGGUGACACUGAUCUUAAUGAUACCACUGGGGAUCUGCGGGUUCUUCGCUUAUAGAAAAGGCCUAUUUGGCUAUCUAAAAGUACAAAAUGGACUUCACUAGGGGGUGUCCAGUGAGAAGGCUGUCCGAAGGUCAGUGAAUGGCAAGUCUAUGAACAGCUCUCACCUCCCACUAUGAUACACAUCGGUGUGAUUGAAAAUAAAAGCGGUCUUUCUAUUUCAAGGAUGAAAAUGAAGAAUGCUCCCCUUAAGCUAUUGUCCAAAAAGUUCUUGAAUGAUCGCAAGUUACAAAAUGUUUUCUUUUUUUUACUUUUCCUUUAAGUUAUUUCUUGUUUAUUUUCAUUAGGCUAUUGAUCAUUGAUAUUGCAUUGAUAUUCUUGCUUAUUAUUGCUAUUUUCCUUAAGGGACACUUCACUGAUUAGCAUAAAGCUUUGUAUCUUUAGAAAACCAGUCAUGUUUUUGAAUGGUCGUGCAUCAUUCCCUCAGUUUGCCUUGAGAUGGGAGAAAUACGGAUUUCAAUGAAACCCAUGAAUAGGACUUCCUGCUUUCAGUGAUGUAAAAUUAUGAUUUUUACAUCAUUGAAAGUAGGAAGUCCAACAUUGACUCCCAUCUCAAGGCAAAUUGAGGGAAUGAUGCAGGACCAUUCAAAAACAUGACUGGUUUUCUAAAGAUACAAAGCUUAAUGCUAAUCGGUGAAGUGUCCCUUUAGUGUCAUUUUAUCAACAUUUUAAAAACUGUUACUGUUUUUAACUAUUGUAUUGUUUUUAUUUGUAAGUCGGUUUGGACAAAAGCCCCUGCUAAAUCAUAACCAUAUUUGUCAUUUCACUGCACUGUUACUGUUGGUGCCUGUAUAUAACUUUUAAGAUGUUUAAUAUGUGUGACAUUUUCCCUAUUUAACUUUCAAUUACAUAAUUUGAGCGUUGUACUUACAUAUUUACAAAAAUAGUUACUCUUGAGGAAAGAGGUUACAUAGUGUAUUUUGUGCUCAGUAUAAAUUAAAUAGAUUAAACAUAAGUGAUAUAUAUACACAGUAUAUGGUAUUGGUGGUCAAUCUGAAAAUGUUAGUAAUCGGAUGACACCUCUACUUUAUGUGCACCAAAGGAAGAGGAUAGACAUGGCACAUUUUAAAGCAACAGAUAUUGAUAUAAGAUUGGGUAGUAAAACAGAUGAAGAGAAUGGAGUAGAUGUAGUAUGGGAAAAAGGUAGACGGUACAAAUUAUCAUUUCAGUGGUGUAAUGGAGAACUGUUUUUGUUACACAAGCUUUCUCGAAAUCUGAGUGUCAAAAAAUGAUACUUUGGAUACAGUGUCGUAAAUGUAAUUGAAGUUUCAUCACUGGUCCCUUUUUUUAUCUAAUCACCGUUUAACAUUGUUUUAGAAGGGGCGUUGGGGGGGGGGGG